AUGGACUUUUUCGGCGGGCAGGGCGGUGCCUCUAAAGGUCCCAUCGUCGGGAAAGCGAUAACCAAAAAGAUCAUCUCUGGUCCUCGACCCACGGGCUCUGGGUCUGGGUCUGGGUCGAGUAGCGCCCCCGCUACAGCUGGUCGGUCUACACCUACCAUCGCUAAACCUGUCGCGAGGCCCGCCGCUGGCUCCGCCCCUGCACCAGCGAAAAAGGCAUUACCGGUCAUUGCUAGUACGAGCGCGAAAGCUGGUCCCAGCCGCCCGAUCGCUGGUGGACUCGCCGGACCAUCCGGCUCCAAAGCUCAUCUAUCCGCCACUUCCUCCCGGGCCUCUACACCGUCCUCACGUCGUAAACGGACCCCAUCGCCUGUCCGGUCCGAAUCCUCUUCGAACUCCGACUCGGGGUCCGAAUCGCCAAAGGCGAAGAAAGCUCAGGAGAAGAAGAGGAAACGGGUGGACGCUCCUCCAACUGGCGGAUCAGGCUCAGCCACACCGGGCGAAGAGAAGAGGGAGUUGUGGUGUCUUGAUAAAGUGGAUGAGAGGGGAGAAUGGGGACGAGGAUGGGCGGGGUUCGUGGGCUCCGAGGCGGCGGUGAGGCAGGAUGUGCUAGGUUUUGCCGGAGGCAAAGGGGAGGGAAAAGUCAGCUUGGACAAGUACAUGGCGUACUUCGACCAAGAGGGCUUUGGGAACCAAGAACCCCUGCCCAGCGUGGAGCUGCUCUACCCCGCCGUGGGGUGUAAAGAGCGCUUUGUCCUCCUCGUCCCGACCUCGUCUAGGGAGUACAACCCCAUCUCGGAGCUGAAGUCCGUCCUGAAGACCAUCCUCGAACACUACAUCCCCCCCUCCCACGCGCACCUGUUCGGCACCCUCUCCGACUCGAUUGACCUGGACCCCCUCCCCCUUCCUUCGCGCCUCCACUCCCCCCUCCCGCCUUCUUCCUCACUCGCCACUCCCCCUCCUGAUCCAUCUACCUCUUCCCCCGCCCCCACGCCUGCCACUCUACGCCAGGAAACCAUCGGCGAUGCCCUCCGAAAAGCGCUGGCCAAUAAUAGGAGAGACGGGCCCGGCUUUACACGUGCCGUAGAACGGUACAAUACCGCCAUGGCCGACCUGCAGCGGUCUGGGGAGAUGCAGGCGUGGAUGCGGGAGAAGAGCGGGGUGAUGGGCCAGGGGGAGUGGAGCAGUGUGGUGGAGGUUGUGCAUGAGCAGGCGUAUUCCAGGGUUGUGGGGCCUUAUUCGGAUCUGCUGGAGCAUCACCCGAAACAUCCAGACGAGGUGGCGAAAGCCAUUAGCGGGAAAGAGGAUGCCUACGGGGAGCUCCGGCACAAAUUCAUGUCUCAAAUCGUCCACGACACCCACCUCACCCCCUCAUCAACCUUCGUCGACCUCGGAUCGGGCGUCGCCAACUGCGUCCUCCAGACCGCCCUUCAAGCCGGCUGCCGUUCCCUCGGCGUCGAGCUCUUACCGGUCCCCGCGCACUGCGCCCGCCUGCAAGUCGCCGAAGUGAAGAAACGGUGGGCGAUGUGGGGGCUGAAUGGGCAUAUUGGAGUCGAAGUGAAGGAGGGGGAUUUCAGGACGGGGGAGGUCGGGAGGUGGUUGGCCAGUGCCGAUGUGGUGCUGGUCAAUAAUGAGGUAUUCCCCCCUGCUCUGAAUGAUGAUCUGAAGAAUAUGUUCUUGGAUCUGAAAGAGGGCGCAAAGAUCAUCAGUCUCAAGCCGUUCGUCAAUGAGGGAUUUCGGAUGAAUGAGAACAAUUGUGACUCAUUCGACGCUAUCGUCCGCCUCUCGGUGCACAACUACUACCAAGACUGGGUGAGCUGGAAGGGCGAUUCGGGGCGGUAUUAUGUGCAGGUGAUUGAUCGGAGUAAGCGCCGCAAGUUUGACGAGGAGAUGAAGGGGGGCAGGAGGAGGCGGUGA